GAAUUUUGAGAUGAUCAAGUUUGAAAAUCAGAUGUUGAAGUGGUAAAUUGUGAUAUUUUCUCAGAAGAUGACAGACACAUCAGUGGACCCAAUACCCUCCAUCAAGAUGUCAAGGCCCAACCAAACAAUAGUAACAGAGUUUGUGCUGGAAGGGUUCUCAGAGCACACUGGUCUACGGCUGCUCCUGAUAGGUUGUUUCCUGUCCCUCUACACAAUGGCUCUACUAGGCAACAUUGUUAUCAUCGCUUUGGUCACCUCCAGCACUGGGCUCCACAGUCCCAUGUACUUUUUCCUGUGCAACCUGGCCACCAUGGAUAUUGUCUGCACCUCCUCCGUGCUGCCCAAGGCACUGAUUGGCCUAGUAUCUGAGGAAAACACCAUCUCCUUCAAGGGCUGCAUGGCCCAGCUCUUCUUUCUUGUCUGGUCCUUGUCUUCUGAGCUGCUGCUGCUCACAGUCAUGGCCUAUGACCGCUACAUGGCCAUCUGCCAUCCCCUGCACUAUAGCUCUAGAAUGAGCCCACACCUGUGUGGGGCCCUAGCCAUGGGUGUGUGGUCCAUCUGUGCUCUGAAUGCAUCUAUCAACACUGGUCUGAUGACAAGGCUGUCAUUCUGUGGCCCCAAGGUCAUCACCCACUUCUUCUGUGAGAUUCCUCCACUCCUCCUGCUCUCCUGCAGCUCCACACGUAUUAAUAGUAUCAUGACUCUUAUGGCAGAUGCCUUUUAUGGAGGCAUCAACUUCAUCCUCACUCUACUCUCCUAUGGCUGCAUCAUUGCCAGCAUCCUGUGCAUGCGUUCUGCUGAGAGCAAGAGGAAGGCCUUUUCUACCUGCUCCUCCCACCUCAUCGUGGUCUGUGUGUAUUACUCAUCUGUGUUCUGUGCCUACAUCAGUCCUGCUUCCAGCUACAGCCCGGAAAGAAGCAACGUGACUUCGGUGCUAUACUCAGUGCUCAGCCCAACCCUGAACCCCCUCAUCUAUACACUGAGGAACAAGGAUGUCAAGCUCGCCCUGGGGAGACUCUUGCCCUCUUCCUCACACUAAGUGGAGAUGUGAAGGCUGUUCUUCUGGCCUGGGCUGUUCCUACACAUGCUCUCCUGAGAGAAGCCCCGUGGAGUGGGGUGUAUCUAUUAUUGUUUUAGAAAAACAUUCUAUGAUGCAAGGACUUGACAAUUCUUACUAUGACCUCAAAAACAACAAAAUUCUUAGAGGCAAUAUAAAAAAUGCAAGCUUUAUUUCCUAACAAGUACAAACCAUUUCAAAAAGUAGUUAAAAUUUAUUUAAAUGGAGAUUUCAUAUUCCUGGACUGGACGAUUUUCAGUGGGUGACCAUGGUGAUAGUCACAAAACUAAGUCCUUUCAUCCUGUACCACCCUGUAAACAUCAUAGGACCUUGUUUCAGAAGUUUAGUUAAUGAAUCUAAACUUCACAUGGAGAAUUGAGGGGCCGAAUGGCCACCUUGUCGUAGGAAGACCAGCAUUGACUGACACAAGAUUUCCAUUUCACAGCUUCCUUCUGGGCUGUGGUAGUCAAUGCUGGUGGCACUGGCAUGGAGAAAGAGGCAUUUGGCAGAGCAGAGAUGAAGCUUAAGUUUCAAAAGUGAACUCACAUAUGUAUGCUAGCCUGCCUUAUUUUUCACAAUGAUAAGACAAAUGAACUGAUGGGAAAGAUUAAUUAUUUUCAACAGUUUGGGGGAUAAUUAGAUGAAUAUCUAUGUACAAAGGGUGAAUCUGGGUGUUUCCU